AUGAAGAGAAAACCAAGAAAACCAAAUGCUUUUCGUAACGAAAUGAUGCAAUAUAACAAAGAUAAUUUGCCGAUGACGGAGUUCAGCAAACUAGUAUCACAACGUUGGCGUGAUAUGCAAAUUUUGACUUUAAUUCUUCAAUGGAGGAA